GGUGUGAAAACGGAUGGUUUUUCGGAGAAUAUUUUCUUUGGACCACAGUCAAUUGACCCAGUCGAACCACUGAGAACCACAACUUUUAUAUCGAUGCCACAGCUCAGUAUGCAUAUUUCUCUUUCAUUCCCUUCCCCGCUUGCAAUUUGCAUUGAUCAUCAUGAAAUUCAUAAGCUUAACCUUGUUAGCAAUCACAGCUUUCAUUGGAUUACUCAGUCGCUGCACAUUGGCAAACCCAGAUGGAUUUCUAAGUAUUAACUGUGGCGCCUCAAAUAACGAAACGAAUGGAAAGUUGGACUGGAUUACAGAUUCCUUGUUCAUCAAAUUCAGAAACACCUCCAUUAUGUCUCCAUUCAGUUCUAACAGUACCGCCUUUCAAUAUCAGUACGUUGCCUAUUUUACAAAUGUGGAAGCAAAUAAACAUUGUUACUUACUGCCCGUAAGGCCUUAUAUACAAUAUCUGGCAAGGGUCAGGUUUGUUUUGAGAGGAUUUGAAAAUCUUCGUUUAGCAAGCGUCUUCGAUUUGUAUAUAGAGGGAAUCAAGUGGGCAAUAGUCGACCUGACGAUUUUCCCAAAUUCUUUCUCUGUCUUUUACGAAAUCAUCUUGACCCCCAAAAGGGAUAGCAUGAGCGUAUGCCUGGCUAGAAAUUUAGAGACACCUGAAAGUUAUUAUGUUUUCAUUUCAACCAUUGAGUUGAGGCCGCUACAAUCUACAACGUAUAACUCUUACACUGAUUUCAACUACAACGCUUUAAAACGCUUCUCUGGUAUAAAUUUUGGCAGCUCUAAUGAGAUAGAGUUUCCCUACGACCAGUAUGAUCGCCUGUGGCUACCUUUUCAGGUGCCGUUAACAACAACUAUCAGCACGAAUGACUCUUCUUUUGGGAGCAUAAAAAACCAACCACCUGUAUCAGUAUUAAUGACUGCUAUCACACCACAAGAAGGGGAAGAUUUGCUUGUUUCGAACUGGCUGAAUCUUGCCCGGGGCAUUUACUAUUUUGCUCUUUACUUGUGCAACAUCAAUAAGACAAGCCUUUCAGGGAACAACACAUUCCAGGUCUUCAUUGGCAAUGUUCCAAAAGUAGAAAUAGAAGUUUCUGAGUAUAAGUGCUGGGCACUAGAAAGUCGUCUAGAGCUUAGCGCAACUAAGUCUAUAGACAUAAACAUACGUUCACAAGCAGGAUCCGAGAUGAGGCCAUUCAUAAAUGCAGCUGAAGCAUAUGAAAUACUAAACAUCACCAAUAUGACAGACGCAGGAGAUGUACUUGCUAUUAGAAAAGUAGCAGAGACAGUGAAUGUUCCAGAUGUUUGGACAACAGGAGAUCCAUGUUUGCCUGCAGGUUUACCAAUAACUGGUGUUAUGUGCAAUGAAGAAGACCCUCCACGAGUGAUUACUGUGAAUUUAACAAACAUGGGUCUCACUGGCAAUAUACCUCCAAGCAUAGCCAACUUAACAGCAUUAAAACAGUUGCUGUUAGGCAACAAUAAUUUUACAGGCUCUAUUCCAGAUCUCAGCACAUUGAUGAAGCUUACAACAUUGCAAGUGCAAAAUAAUCAACUGACUGGAGACAUUCCGAGUUCAUUAGAGAAACUCCCCAUGUUAAAUGAACUAUUUUUGCAGAACAAUAAGUUAGAUGGAGAUUUGCCACCUGGUUUAAUUAAGCCUGGUUUAAACCUUCGAGUUUAUCCACAAAGCAAGUCUCCACAGGACAAGAAAAACAAAGGGAAAAGAUGGAUUAUAGGACUCAGUAUUGGCUGUUUGGUUCUGCUAAUUGUUGUGAUAUUCGGGAUUCAUCUAUGGAGAAAUAAAUAUGAUCGAGGAAAUCUCACCACAAACAAUUCUAUUACGCAACCUCAACAAUCAUGUACAGAUGUAGAUGAUCCAAACGAAUUUAUUAAAAACUCAGCGGUAGAAUACACUGAAGAAGAUAUUAAAGCGGCUACAAAUAACUAUUCUACAUUUAUCGGUAAGGGAGGCUUUGGAUCUGUGUUCUAUGGCCAACUUUCAGGAAACGAUGUUGCAGUGAAGAUACUUUCAACCUAUUCAUCUCAAGGAAAACAAGAGUUUCGAAAUGAGGUAAAUCUCCUUUCAAGAAUUUACCAUAAGAAUCUUGUAAAACUAAUUGGGUACUGCAGACAACCUACAGUGGCCUUAGUAUACGAAUUUAUGGAAUUUGGAACGCUGAUGGACCAUUUAUACGGCUCAGCGAAGCAAGAGAAACCACUUGAUUGGGAAACCAGGCUCAACAUUGCUCUCCAAGCAGCAGAGGGAUUGCUAUAUCUGCAUGAGGGUUGUAGUCCUCCAAUCAUACACAGAGAUAUUAAGUGUAGUAAUAUACUUUUGGAUAAAAAAAUGUUUGCCAAGAUAACUGACUUCGGUCUAUCGAAGUUGUUUGACACUUCCAAAAGCUACGUAACUACUAAUGUCAAGGGCACCCUCGGCUAUCUUGAUCCUGAAUAUUUUGGAACGAUGUCCUUAAAUGAGAAGAGUGAUGUCUACAGUUUUGGUGUUGUUUUGUUGGAGAUUAUUUCUGGAGUACCGCCCAAGAAGGGAAUAGUCGAAUCGGCAAAAAAUUUGCUUUCCUGUGGGAGACUAGAAGACCUGAUGGAUUCUUCAUUGGGUGGGCGAUAUAAUUUAGCAUCUGCAUGGAAAGUUGCAGAGAUUGCAUACACGUGUGUGGAACCGAGACCAGUAAAUAGACCCACAAUGAAUAGUGUUGUGAAAGAGCUAGCAGAAGCGAAGGCACUUUUAGUGGAUGAUAACAGUGAAUCUGGAUACGCUUGGAAUGCAUCAUCAAGUGUACUUGAAAUGCCCCAACUUAGGUAGCCAUAUAAUUGCGGAUCUCCUUCAGUUGUGCAAAGAUUCCCACACAAAAGUGUCUUCUUUUAUAGACUUUUAAUUGUAAUAGGUAAUAGGUGUAUUAAAUAGUUGUGGAUCCCUUAUGAACCAUCGGAAACAUGGUCAUAUUUGAAGACUGAUAUAUAAGGAUAGUGUGUAUUUAAUGAUAUUAGACAAUCUUUAGUGUUUGUAGUUUUGGUUUAUAAGCAAGAGAAAUAGUAGUUGUUGUUUACGAGUUAAUCAGUUUGACUCAAAAACUAUACAGUAAUAACAAUAUCAUAAGCUGUUAUUUAUUGUAAAAAAA